UCUUCAAUUUUCAUUCUUAUUCCAUUUCCACCUAUCACUGCUGAACCCCCAAUUGAUCCAUUUCUUAUUGACUUGACCUGAGUUACAUUCCAAUUUAGGGUUCCGCCAUUAUCAGACAAGAGUUUUCUGGCUUGGGAUCGCUGUUCAGGUCGAAAACACAAGUCUCUGUCUUCUUGAACAUCAUUUGGUAUGGCAUCUAGGCGCAAUGUCCAGUACAGCCGCCUUGCUACUGAUGAAGAUGAUGAUUAUAAUGGGACAGGCAAUGACCGUCGGUUUGACUAUACACCAAAGUCGUUUGAUAAAGUUCCAUGGAAAUCCAUCGGCCUUGCUCUUUUCCUCCUUUCACUUGGAUCAUUCCUUCUCUUUCUUUCCUAUUUCAUUUUCACUGGUCACAUGGGAGGGGAGAUGUCCCAAGCCUAUGGCCUUUUAGCUCUCGGCAUUCUCACUUUCCUCCCAGGCUUUUAUGAGACGCGAAUUGCUUAUUAUGCAUGGAGAGGUGCAAAGGGUUUCCGUUUUGCAUCCAUACCCGACUACUAGGCUGUUGUUGUCCGCCAACUUUUGCGAAUAAUGCUGUAAUGGUGACACUUUUAGUAGACACAAUCAUGUAGAUCCACAUUGUAAAGAGCCACAUGAAUGAUAUUUGUGGCAUGUUUGUUUCUUUAUUGUCAAAUGACUCAGUCUGCAAUCGGCUUAGAGUUUAGUAAACAGUAAGUGAAUGCCUAGUUGCCUACUUUGUUCAUUCUAUAAUUGCUCUUCAGACUUUGAGGUUGUACUACUGUUCAUCUAGCCCUCUGAAUCAAGCGUACUUUGAUUUCAUUCUUGAA